CUUGAUACUCUCCAACUCUUCUAUGAUACGAAGGCUUGUCUCCUGAUCUGCACUCAAGAAAGUUGCAAAUUUGCACUAUCCAAUGGCCCUUCACAGGUAGUAGCACAUCUCCGCGAUAAGCAUAAUGUCCCGACAGAGGCAAGGAAGGGACUACAUCGCCUUCUCAAGUCCCUAUCUCCUACACUUCUAGAUCCUAAUAAGGCACCGCUGCCAGCUGAUGGUUCAGCCCGCCACGAUAAACUGCAAGUUUAUGAAGGCUUUGCCUGCCUUGACUGCCCAUUCCGCACCAUCAGCAUCCAGUUAAUGCGGCGCCACCAAUCUAGUCCACCCGAGGACUGUAGCUCUGGAGUCAGCCAUACUCGCGCCGUUUGUCGUCGCGAUCUUGACCAACAGUUUGAGUGUGUUUAUCUGCAGACAUGGACGACUGGAUCAACGCGAAAAUACUGGAUUAUUAAGCAAGACCGCCGUGAAGUGCUCACAGCCCUAACGCGUACCUUCGUAUCUCCAGGCGGACGGGAACAUCAUAUCGGGCACGGCCAACAGUACGGUCUGGACAAAAACCUCGUGAGCCCGGGUGAGGAUGAGGAUAGGAUUGCCUGCCUUGUUCGUCUGGUCGACGUGAUGAUAUGCCGGUGCGAGGAGACGGCGAGGAAGACAAGUCGACACAUGCUCUGCUGGCUCCGAAGCACAAAAGAGUCGUCAAUCUAUAGCAAACCUUUCACCCUCGUGCAGCCGUUGUCGUCGACCAAGUAUCGACUCUUGUUGAAGCGAUGUCUUGCGAUGGUCUUACGUAUCUAUCGACUCCCCCCUGACAAGCGCCUGCAGGUGACGGGCCUGGCGCUGAAUAGGAAGCAGUUACAGUUCCUAGAUGCCAUC